AUGAAUAGGAAAGUGUGUCAACACUUCAAAUCUGUAUGGAUCUAUUUUCCCGAUGAAUUGAAAAAUGGAAACUAUGAUUUUUUAUCUAAUGGUCAACAUUUCAAAAAGUAUUGUACUAAUAAUAUUUGUAAUAAUAAUCUCGAAAAAAUUAAUUCUGCAUGUUUACAAUUGUUUAAUGCAUUCUUUGGGGAUUAUAAUGCGUUUACUGAUAACGCAAAAAAAAAGAUCGAUAUUGUUUAUUACAUUAUUAUAUGGUUAAGUUAUAUGUUAAGCCUAAAAAAGGAUAACGGAAUCAAUAAAUUAAACGACUUCUAUACUGAACAUAUAGAAAAAAAUACGCAUUAUAUUAAAAAAAUAGAAAGUAUUCAUGAAUAUAAAUGUCAUAAGGACAUCAUAGAUAAAAAAAAGGAAUUGUUGGAUAUGGAUAUAAAUGAUAAUAUUAUAUCUGAAUUAUAUGUUGCAUUUAAAUCAUUAUAUGAACUGUAUUCUACAUUUAGUGAAAACACGUCAAAUUGCGCAAAAUGCUCAAAUAAAGCUAAUCAAUUUGUUGAAAAAUAUGGAAAACUUUACAAAGAUUAUAAUAACAUUGAUAGCAGCCCAUAUAGAAACAUAUUGUCUACAUUAUCAACUGAUUAUAAUAAUUUAAAAAAUGAAUGUAAAGGUGUUCAAGAUAGCAAUUUCCCAACCCUUCCAGAGAUAAACACAUUACAAAAUACUACAAAAGGUCCUGAAAAGGCAUCUGCAACUAAUUCUAUACACAAAUCUGCACAAACUUCUGAACAAACUGUACAAACUUUUGAUAAAAAUGUACAAAAUUCUGAUGUUACAUCAUCAAGUUCGUCGAUAGUAAGCAAAUUAAUUCCAGUUGUAUCGAUAUUUGUUGCAAUAUCAUUUUUUUUGGGAAUUUCUUAUAAGUAUUCGUUAUUUGGAUUUCGGAAACGAUCUCAAAAACAUUUAAGAGAAAAGCUAAAAAAAUAA